AUGGACUCGGCCGCGCGAUCCAUCGUUAUUGGACCGCUGGCCGAGAUUCUGACCGCGUGUUCGGUCUCGAUGACAGUGAUUGGUGAGGUGGACUCAGGAGCCUCGGAAGUCAUUUCGACUGUUUUGUUUUUGAGCUUUGCUUGUGCCCUAGUUUCCACCAUGAGUUUUUUGACAAGAGGUCCCACUGGGCGUGCCAAAAGUGUUGGCUCUGCGCAAAUCUCGCGGCCUGGUGCUCCAGGCCGAGGGGAUGUGCGUCAACGCGUGACGUCCUUCUUUUGGAUGCGGUGUGGUUGUGCGCGGGCGUGCCAGCACGGUCUACUGUGCGUUGAGAUGAUGAUGAGGUUAGGGUAG